CUUGCGUGAGGCAGCGGUUUACCGGUUGGGAAUACAACAUUGCACGUCGAAGUUCGAGAGAAUUAAGAAUUUUUGACACAGAGAUUCGGGAAAUCUUUCUGCGAUGAAGCGUUUAGGAAAUUACACAGUGAUCAGGUUUAACAUCCACAAGGAAACACCACCUACUGCCAAAUCAGAGGAACUGAUCCAAUUGGCUCAGAUGGAGAUCUUUAUUAUCGUUGUGGCUGUCAUCGCCGUCGCAGCAGCCCUAAUACUGCUGGUUUUACUUCAACUCAGGAUUAAAAAACAAGCCACGGCGGAAAAUUCUACGCCAGAAAGUCAAAACACUAGCACGCAGGCAAGCUCGGUCGAGGAAAUUGCUUUGGAUUAUCCAAAUGAUCUUAUUCUGAAGACGGGACCACCUCCUUAUAGACAAGUGAUGAAAUCUCCAGAACUAUACCCUCUGGCCUCGUCAACUCACAUCGAAUAUGGCCGUGGAGAUGUCAAAAUUCAAAUUCCCACGUCUCCUAUUCAUCACGAGCGUACGAAAAGAACGUGGAACGAAUUACUGAAUGCAGUUAUACGUCCCGACGACUAUGGACUAGAUACCCCACCGGGGAAACAGACUAUACGGGGGGAAAAUAACGGGAUCCAAAAGGAGUCGCACAUACUCAAUUUGCCACCAGUCGACGAAGUCUUACCGACGUACGACGAAGUCGUACCGACUUGCGACGAAGUUCGCUCUGGAAUUCCCGCGAAAGAAAGCAGAGUGGAAUACUGUCAAAAAACGUUUCCACGACGGGAUAGUGUAGACAUUUUGAAGUCAGGAUAUCACAAAAUUUUGGGAUUCAACUUUGGCGUUGAGCAGACAAUGUUGUGUAGAAACGAGUGCGUCUUUACCAUAUCAAAUGCACUCCAAGCUGUCAUCACGGAAGAGAUAAUGCACUCGCAAUCACGACCGCGACUAGCUACACUAUAGUUUUUCAGAUGCGAAGAACACGUAGUUGUUGCAAAAAUCUUGUUUCCUUCCCAUAGUUCCUUUAAGGUGCAGAAAUUUGGAAACACAUUUACCAGAUCUUUAUAUAAACAAGCAAAUUUUACUUGCCGAAUAUAUAGCAAAACACCAAACCCAUUGUACCACGUAUAUACAGAUACGCUGGGUUCGAAACCUUUUCGUUCAGAUAAAGAAAACUAUUUAUGUAUAACACAAUAAUAAUCGUAGUCGCGAGGGGAAACCCGCACAUCAAAAGAACAUAUUCGAUUACCCAUACAGAGACACAAUGUAACAUGAAGUAACAGUGGAAAUACUAUAAGCAUUUAUUUGUAUUUGUAUAUAUAUUUACUUGUAUAUAUUACUAUAUUUACAUAUAUUUACAACACACGUACAGUAACAUAUCAGAAGAUGUAAAUUUAUUGGACUGUGCCGUCUAACCAUAUCAGUAAUGCACAUUAAAUGAAUGUUAAAAUCUUACAAAUAAUUCGGGGUGAAAACUAGAUGUGUUGAUUUGAGAUCCGUU